UUCUCAUUCUCUCCAUUCAUUAGUCCAAUUCUUAUCCUUUGACUUUGACUCUGCUAUUGCUCGCAUUCCAGUUGUUUUAUCUUCUAUUUCCGCACAUUCCUUGUAACCUAUCAUGAUAGACAUCUCUCCCACAGAAAAUGUUUUCACAUGUAGUGCAUCUUUUAAAGACCCCAGCACACUAUAUCCUACGACCCUCGAACUCUCCUCACACCAAUUACUUUGGUCCGCACGACAUCCAACUAAAGAUAACCAUACUAUUCAAGUUCCUUACUGUUGCAUCUAUGGAUAUGAGGCUCCAACGCCUGCUGGACUAGAUGUGAAUCAUCAGGAUUUAAAAGACAUUGUCCAAAAUACCUGUCGAGACCGGAUGAUCAAAGUCCAUUUUGUCGAAUUCCUCUUCUCAGACUUGAAGGCCGUCUCAUCUCCACAGUGCACAACAGCAUAUUUCUUGUUUGAACGACGGGCGGAUGUGCAACGAUUCCUCAAUUUGGCACACCAAUUAGGAGUUUUUCCACGACCGCGGCGGAUAUUGGCCCUCGUCAAUCCAAACGGCGGAGUCGGUAAAGCAAAGACUAUCAACGAUACUGUCGUCCAACCAAUGUUGGAGCAUUCUGGACUUGAUGUUAAAGUACAAUACACAGAAUACAGCAAACAUGGAAUCGAUGUUGCUCACAAGAUUGAUUUGAAGGAGGUAGACACGUUGGCUGUUGUGUCCGGUGACGGAUUACUUCAUGAAAUUGUCAAUGGGCUCUUGUCGCGUUCGGACUGGGAUCAUGCUCGGCGACUACCAAUUGCUAUCAUUCCAGCAGGAUCAGGCAAUGCGACUGCUACCUCAAUAGGAAUACGUAGCCCAAUAGUCGCGACACUGGCACUAAUUCGAGGCGACACAGUCAAGCUGGAUAUCUUUUCAUUAUCACAGCUGGACCGUCCUAGAAUUUACUCCAUGCUAAUGUUCAGUUGGGGCAUGAUGGCUGAUGCUGACAUUGAGUCUGACAUAUAUCGAUGGUUAGGUCCUUUGAGGUUCGAAAUUGCAGGCUUCAUACGCCUGAUACGCCUUCGACGAUAUCCUGGGAAAGUCUAUUUCCUCCCACCACAUCACAAAGCAAAGCCUAGCCCUGCCUCAACCCUCGAUUCUUCUCGUAACAGUAGUCAUAAGCAGGAUGCUCCUGUUGUUCAAUAUGGACAUUUACUCAAAGACAUUCAUCAUAAGCCCCCAGAGCCCUGGAGCCUGCUCCCCAAUAUGCCAUUUUACACUAUGCUCCUGCUGCUUAAUUUCCCCUCAGCUGGAGAAACCAUCUAUUUCACUGACUCGAUUCGAUUCAACGAUGGUGUGAUGAAGCUAUGGUAUUCCUGCGAAACACGCUUCUGGAAAAUUAUAUUACCAUUUGUACUAGACCUGACAAACGGAAAAUUAGUAGAACGGGACUUGAUGCAAAACAAGGAUUGCGGUGGUCUAUUAAUCAUUCCUGGUGUAGAGGGUAAACCUAACGAUAAGACGACGCAUGAAGUGGUGGAUCAUGAGCAAGUGCGGUCCGAGUCAGCAAAGAAACUGGGUAUCUAUCAAAAGCCAGGGAUAUUUGAUGUUGAUGGCGAGGUCAUGCCAACAGCACGGACAUUAAUUGAGGUUCUGCCGAGCUUUAUGGAUAUUACAAUUCCUGAAUGGUUUUAUCAUGAAAAGGAUGUAGACCGGGAAAGAACUGCAUUAGCAAAGUUGAAGACUGAGCUGAUCAAAGAAGCCAGCAAGCGACAGCACCCGCAGCAAAGAACAGAUGGCCAUAACCAAGUCCGUGAGGUUUUUUUAGUGCUAUUCACCUUGGUCACUGUUGUAACAGCCUAUGCUUUGUUCUUUAAUGAGGAGCAUCGAGCCCGGGAACGGAUGGCGCAACAAAUAUAGAAAAUAUU